AUGGGGAAUACGAUAGCAUGCUGCGUGUCCCCGGAGGGGAGCCCAAAACUACCAAGGCAAUUGGCGGACCGCCAGGAAAACUACCAACUAAGCACGGACGUGAGUGACGACACCGGCCCGUACCUGCAGCACAUUAGCGAUAGAGAGGUGCCUGACGGUAGGUGUCACGCCCGCAUAAGUGGGAUUGGAAAUGUUAACAGAAUGUCACUGUGACUGACUGUGCUUACUAGAAAUACAAAAGCACUACAGGUUCUUGUUUUGUAUCUGAACACCUCCAAGGAGAUAAGAGAUCCUAGCCCUCUUCUCUUCCUGUCUUCUGCCUUUACCUCAAAUCACAUUUUAUUUGUCACACACACGUGUUUAGCAGAUGUUAUUGCAGGUGUAGCGAAAUGCUUGUGCUUCUAGCUCCAACAGUGCAGUAAUAUCUAACAAGUAAUAUCUAACAAUUUCACAACAUAUACCCAAUACACACAAAACUAAGUAAGGAAUGGAAUUAAGAAUAUAUACAUAUAUGGACGAGCAAUGACAGAGCGGCAUGGACUGGGAUGCAGUAGAAUAUUAUAGAAUACAGUAUAUACAUAUUAUUAAAGUGACUAGUGUUCAAUUUCUUAAAGUGGCCAGUGAUUUCAAUAGGCAGCAGAAGCCUCUAAUGUGCUAGAGAUGGCAACUUAAUUCUGAUGGCCUUGAGAUAGAAGCAGUUUUUCAGUCUCUCGGUCCCAGCUUUGAUGCGCCUGUACUGACCUUUCCUUCUGGAUGAUAGCAGGGUGAACAGGCAGAGGCUCAGGUGGUUGAUGUCCUUGAUAAUCUUUUUGGCCUUCCUGUGACAUCGGGUGCUGUAGGUGUCCUGGAGGGCGGGUAGUUUGCCCCCGGUAAUGCGUUUGGCAGACCGCACCAUCCUCUGGAGAGUCCUGUGGUUGCGGGCGGUGCAGUUGCCGUACCAGGCGGUGAUACAGCCCGACAGGAUGCUCUCAAUUGUUACCUGCAGUAACUUCAAUACAUCGCCUGUCAGGUUACAUCCUCCUAAUGCACAUUUACAUUAGCUGCUGCCGUAGAGAUACUAAAGGUACAAUAUUCCGGUUUAAGUUUUACACCCAUUUAGUCUUUUGAACACACUAUUUCUCAUACACCUCCCUCAGAUCUGUAGCCAAUUGAAUUACAUGCACAUAAAAUUAGGUGUGAUGAGGCUGCCUGUGAAGGAGGGGUAUUUGAUCUAAACACUGGUCGUUUACAGUUUUUGUUUUACUACUGUUGAUUUAGGCCCUGCAUGGUGUUGCACCCCUGGGGUAAACACACACAGCCACACACCUCCUGUUGCGCCAACAUCAGGCACUAUGCACUCAUCCAUUCAGGCCCCCCAUUGGUUGAGAGCAGAGGAGCUCAACUUUGGUGUUGCCACCACCAUUGAUCCCAGUGAUGAGGGCAUUCCACAGCCCAGCUAGCUCAGCCAGUCAGGCGAUAGAUAGGGUGUCAUUUGGGAUGCAUAACCUAUUAUAAUACACACUCAGUGGCCAGUUUAUUAGGUUUACCCCGUUCACAAAAAUGGUUCGCUCCUACAGACAGUGAGUCACGUGGCCGUGGCUUGCUAUAUAAAGCUGGCAGACAGGCAUCAAGGCAUUCAGUUACUGUUCAAUUGAACGUUAGAAUGGGCAAAACGAGUGACCUAAGCAACUUUGAGUGUGGUAUGGUUGUCUGUGCCAGGUGCGCUGGUUCCAGUAUCUACAACAUGGCCCCAUCCUGCCUGGUCUCAACGGUACAGGCUGAUAUAAUGGUGUGGGGUAUCUUUUCCUGGCACACGUUAGGUCCCUUGAUACCAAUUGAGCAACAUGUCCAUGCCCCUAAGAAUUCAGGCUGUUCUGGAGGUAAGGGGAGGGGAGGGGAGGGGAGGGGGGGGGAGGGGGGUCUGACCCAGUAGUAAAUGAGGGUACCUAAUAUACUGGCUAGUGAGUGUAUGCCAUUUACCAGAUGCUUUUAUCCAAAGUGACUUUGUCAUGCAUUUAUACAUUUUACAUAUGGGUGGUCCCGGGAAUUGAACCCUCUACCCUGGCGUUACAAGCUCCAUGCUCUACCAACUGAGCUACAAAGGACCACAUUUAGUGUACUACCAGAGCCCUAUGGGCCCUUGUCAAAAGUACUGCACUAUGGCAUAGGGUGCCAUUUGCGUGUAGUCCCCUGUAGCUCAGUUGGUAGAGCAUGGCGCUUGCAACACCAGGGUUGUGGGUUUGUUUCCCACGGGGGGCCAGUAUGAAAAUGUAUGCACUCACUAACUGUAAGUCGCUCUGGAUAAGAGCGUCUGCUAAAUGACUAAAAUGUAAAAAAUGUUCUGGCUGGCUGGUGGAGUAUGGCAGAGACCCCCCAAUAAUCUAUUCCCCAAAUCUCCCAGAUAUCCCUUGCAUCCAGACGACAUGAUACCACAGGACAGCUGCUUCUCUCUCUCUCUCUCACUCACUCACACGUCAGAUACAAGUGGAAAAGCUGUUUAAAACCAAUACUAUGAACACUGUUCUCUGAGAAGCAGUGUUAUGUAGCUACAGUAUAACUAUUUUAAGCCUCAGUGAGACCCCUUGUGUCUAUGGAUGACACCCAUGUGAUUUCAUUACUUGCCUUUCAGCUUGGGAUAUCCUCCUCAUGAAAGAAGAAUUGCAGCAAUGUUACAAGGAUGUCUUGUUUUAGCAGUCAUUGCCAUAAACAGAUGAAGGAAUCCUUGAUAUAUCCACUGAUCACUGCAACCCCUCACCCACCCUACUGUAACAGACGGAGGCAUUCCCUUGAGAGAGCACUUUCCCCACUCCCCAGCUCCCCUGGUUUAUUUCUGACUCCAGAGAGAGAGGGCCUGCCAGUCUACUAGCACUAAGCCUAGUGUGGUGGACCCAGCUGUUGUAAGGCUGACCCUGGGUCAGAGUUAGAUGGUCAGUCCCUCUUUGUGUCCUUAUGAAGUAGUGCUGAGCGAUUUAACCGAAAUGUUGGUUAUUUUUCGGUUUUUAAAUAACUAAUUGACCGACUUAGGUUCAAUUAUUUGAAUUCCAUUUUGUUCGUCUUUUUUUCUGUGAGCUCGGUGUGCUGCAGUUUCUCUAGAGAUAAAUCAGAUCAAGCUCAAACGGUGUGAUGUAGUAGGGAGUUGUGGUUUCCAACAGGCCAAUGUUCUACAUAGAUUAGUGCAGGAAACGUGAUAAUUAACUACAAUGACCAUAAUCCAAUGCACUGCUAAACUUGUCCGGUCUGUUUCUUUUACGCCUGCUACAUAGGAGACAGAAGAAUGUUUGAUCAAGAGAGCAGUUUUUUCGUGAGGUAUCUUUACCUGAAAAUACAUUAUCUAAGUGAUUGAUAGUUGGUAUUCAGCAGUUAUAAAAGUAUGCUUUAUUUACUUUGAACUACUAAAAUAGUGAUUUUGUCAGACAGCAUAGGCAGCAGCUCUAUAGAGAUGAGAUGAUGACUUGGAAUGAAAUAAUAAAGUUAUCAAAUAAAACAAAUGUAAUAUACACAACUGAAAUAUUUUAUUAAAGAAAUGUGAAUAACUGAUGGUUAAUAAGUGAUAAGCAGUCAUGGGUAGGGCAGUCACUACCAUCAUGGGACUUGUAUUAAUUGUUUUAUUCUGUGUUACAGCAUUCAACACACAUAAUGCAUAGUGCAUUUAAUGUUUAAAAACAAUUAUCGAAACCGAAAUCAAAAAUCUUGAUUAUUUUUUAAUAACCGAACCGACCUCAAAAAGCGCUAAUCGCUCAGUAUUAUUAUAAAGGCAGUCCUCCAGCUUUUCAUCACAGGUCUAGGACCAGCUGUAGGUGGAGGAUAAAGAGGUGUAGACUGAACUGAGGGGAGAUCACCUGAUAAGGGCCACUCAUGCCAAAGUGUUGUCUGUCUUGUGAGAGCCAGGAAAUGAAACGUUUUAGAGCGCAGUCACCAUGUUCAGAGACUUGCGCUCUUCAUCUUCGGCCUAGCGCCGGAGACACGUUGGAGCAUAAUAGACUACAUCACCAUCACAGCCGGCUCACCCUGGUUCAGGCAGCCCACCCAUCCUGCUGUCUGGACUGUGAAGGCCAAUAGGCCAUUGAUCUCACAGCAAGGACUUUCCUCUACAGCUGCAGCAAUGGCCCUAAUAAUCAAUAGAGCGUUUAUUAAUGCUGUCUGCUCUGCCUGCCUGUCUACUACUGCUGUCCCUUCCACCUAGAGCCUAGGGCUCAACGCACAUUUCUGCACAAGGAGACAGUAAAGAAGCCUAUAAUCGUUCUUACUUGAUGGCUGAUUACUAGUGAUGGGGGGGAAAAAUCGAUAGUUGCAUAUCGCAAUAUUAUUUUUGCACUAGUUGACUGCACCAAAACUCCCAGUAUUUUUUUUUGUUCAUAACUUGUUCUCAUCUUCAUUUUAAAUAGGGAGCCAAUUUGUUUUCAGUACGUUGUUUUCUCAUGGCUCUCUCUUGUCUCUCUGCAGCAGACAUAUGGUGAUCAAUGUUUGGACCAAUAAAAUCACAGUAUUGAAUCAUAAUACCUAUAGAAUCGUAAUACAAAUUGUAUCGGCACCUAAGUAUAGUGAUACGGAUGCAAACUCGCCACUUUUCGUCGAUAUUCACCAAUUUGAAGCAAGCAAGUUUAUUUAUAUAGCACAAUUCAUACAUCUAAGCAAUUCAAUGUGCUUUACAAAGAUGUUUAUCAAAAAUAAUGAAAACAUCAUAAUAAAAAAAACAUAUAAAGAUUAAAAAUCGAAUAAAAACAUAGGAAGCUAUAAGGCUAAACAGUGUGGUUAAGUUUAAGUGCUCAGUCGUAGGCACGUGAAAAGAAGUGUUUUUAACCUGGAUUUAAAAAUGGAUACGUUUGGGGCACAUCUAAGAUCUUCUGGUAGUUUAUUCCAGUUGUGUACAGCAUCAGUGCUAAAUGCAGCUUCUCCAUGUUUAGUUUGGGCUCUGGGCUCUACUAGCUGACCUGUGUUCAUGGAUCUAAGAACUGCUCGGUUUAUAUUCUUCAAACAUAUCAGACAUGUACUCGGGUCCUAAACCAUUCAAAGAUAAAUAAACUAAAAGCACCACUUUGAAAUCAAUUCUGUAACUGACUGGAAGCCAAUGUAAAGAUUUAAGAACCGGAGUGAUGUGCUCCGUUCUCUUGGUACUGGUUAACAUUCUAGCAGCUGCAUUCUGAAUGAGCUGCAGCUUUUUUAGUCUUUUUCAGGAGUCCUGUUAAGAGGCCAUUACAGUAGUCAACCCUACUAGAGAUAAAAGCAUGGAUGAGCUUCUCUUGAUCUUUUUGGGACACCAAGCCUUUGAUUCUGGCUAUAUUUUUUAGAUGAUAGAAUUCUGUUUUGGUGACCGCUUUGAUAUGACUGUUAAAUGUGAGGUCUGAGUCUAUCAGAACACGCACUUGAUCGCUGGUUUUAAGGACCCUAGAAUCCAGCUCUUUACUAAUACUUGUUUAUUUUUGUUGCCAAACACAAUAAUCUCAGUUUUAUCUUGGUUUAAUUGUAGACAAUUUUGGUUCAUCCAGGUAUUUAUGUGCUCUAUACAGUGACAUAGAGAGUCUAUUGAGCUGUUGUCAUACGGUUCGAGAGCCAUAUAUAUUUGAGUAUCAUCAGCAUAGCUGUGGUAGUUAAUGUAGUUGUUCUGUAAAAUUUGGACCAGCGGUAGCAUAUAGAGAUUAAACCGAAUCGGUCCGAGAACUGAUCCCUGUGGAACUCCGCAUGUCAUAGCCACCCUAUCAGAUUCAUGAUUACCAAUGGUGACAAAGUAACUCCGGCCAUCUAGAUAAGAUCUAAACCAAUCAAGGACUGUCCCGGAGAGUCCUACCCACUUUUCCAGCCUAUCUAUAAGUGUUCCAUGAUCGACAGUGUCAAAUGCUGCACUGAGAUCUAAUAGAACCAGAACUGUUACUUUAUCAGAAUCAGUAUUCAGCCGUAUAUCAUUUAAAACUUUAAUCAGGGCCGUUUCAGUACUGUGGUGAGGUCGGAAACCUGACUGAAAUUUGUCUAAGAGACCGCAUGAGGUCAAGAGGAGGGCCUGCGGCCAAGAGGAGGGCCUCUAAAAUUUGCGGUCGGAGACUGCGCCAUUGGCCACUACCACGCCCUGCCACCCCCCAUGCUAACUCUGCCACUGCUGCUGAAAAAAAUCCUAGGGGAAACACUUAAGUGUGAAGUUUAAAUUCAAUGUGUUGUAUUGAGUAGAGGUGUGAAUAUCAGGGACUUUUUUUUUUGUGCAGCACACGUGCAGAACCUAUAGACAACGUGAACAAGUGUCCUGGGGGGGGAGUGAAGUAAUCCUGUAUCCAGUUUGAAUGAAAACUGGUUAUGAUCCAGACCUAUACCCACUACUGCAGCAGAGUAGUAGGUCCAGGGGCAUGGCAGAUUCUCAUAUAGGCUUACUACUGCAGUAGUGGGUAACAUGCCAACCACGGCUUGCCCCCCUUAGUGUUGAGAUAUGCCCGCCUGGCUCCAACUCCACUCCACAUCCCAUUCCCUGGCAUCACAUGGCAGUGGCACACCUCUUAAACUGGAGCAGUGGAGCCGGUACAGAAAUACCAUGAUGGGCACAGACAGUGCUCAGCGUGCAUUGGAUUCCCCGGCAGGAAGACUCCAGUCCAUGCAGAGGUCAGGGCGUGAUUGGUGGAGGCUGGUGGAGGGAGGAGCUGUGUGGCUGGGUAGGGGAGCUGAGGCUCCAUCUGAUCUAGGAUGCAGUAAUCACAUGAUGGUGUCUGACAUACUCUAAUCUGAGUGCCAUUUAUCUGAUAGGUAGUGGCAGAAGUGUGUAUGUCGCGCUGUAUUUUGUGUUGUAACCUAGUCUACCUUGGCAGUUCCCAACCUUUUCUGUUUCGGGGACCACCAAAUCACUGUCAAAAGCUCUUGAGGGCCACCAUUUGCAGAGUGGCAGAUAUUAUUUUUUAGUGGUCAAAUUGAGUCCAUUUUAUCAGUGAAUGUAACAGAUUAAAGGCCUAUUGUAAUGUAAAAUUGCUUAUAUUACCGGUUGGUCCAAGUUGUCCAUGAUGCUUCUCUAUGCUCUGCAAAGCACACACUCUGUUCGGUAGCAUGUCUGCAGAUGGGCAGGCAUGACUGGCACGGGCACCCCUCCUCUCUGCUCCCCCUUCUGGUUCUCAGCAUGCUGGCCAGUGUGGGUGGAGCUUAAGGAGAGAGGACCCAGUGUUCUCCAGCGACCCCAGACAAAGGCCUCAUUGUUGCCCCCUCCCUGCCAGUCCCAUACCACCAUCCCCGCGCCCUUGCCACAGCCACAGAGCCACAGCCUGAGUGGGCAGGGGUCACGCUGGCUCUGCUAAGCCAACCCACCUGACCUGAUACCCCCUGGCCCUGCCUGCCACGUUCCAGACCAGGGGCUCACAAUCCCAGACAGAGAGGCAGCUGUUAAUGCAUUAUGGUUGGUUCAGGGUGUCUAAUUGCUAAGCCUAACCAUUGAACCUGUGUGUAGUGAACCCGUUAUGUGGUGUGGUUGCAAAUGAGCUCAUCAAAUCGAUCUGCGUAAUUUAGUAUGCAAUGCUGCUGUCCAAGAGUAUGUUUGGUUACAUAGCCUGGCUUUCCUACACACAUUUGCAUUCAUCUAAUUGGGUAAUGGCAUGCAUUCAUCCCAGAUACGGCAGUACAGGAAUGGUUCAAUUGUUUCAGUGACGUCCUGUACAGAUCACUGUACUGUCUGUAUUACAUUUACAUUUUAGUCAUUUAUGGAGCAUCAGGUCUCAUUUUCCUCUCACUGGCCUCAGGUGACCUAAGAUAGUUUACACAGGCAGUUAUCUACUCUGUUUUGUAUUGGUCCAUGGUGUAUUUGUGUGUUCCAGAACUGGCCCAGGAGUCCCACCCAUCGGACCAUGCCAGAGCCAGCACCAUCUUCCUCAGCAAGUCCCAGACAGACUGUGAGUGUAAGUAAUCUACUCUGCUCGCAUCACAUCAUCACACAAGAGACAUGAUCAUGAUGUCACGAGAGCCCAUACGGCACACGUCUCACACUCUCGUCUUAUGCACUUUAGCUACUUGGUACGGCGGUAACUCGCCCUCUCCACCACCAAUGUCUCUGCUCUAGCACGCUAUGUAGAGAGAUGAUACUUAGGCUACUGUAAGUGACUCUCCUUUGCUCUCUCAUAAGCACAAUGUGACUGUUACUUAUCCUUUCCCUUUCAAUGUGACUGUUACUCAUGCUUUCCCUUUCAAUGUGACUGUUAUUCAUGCUUUCCCUUUCAAUGUGACUGUUACUCAUGCUUUCCCUUUCAAUGUGACUGUUACUCAUGCUUUCCCUUUCAAUGUGACUGUUACUUAUCCUUUCCCUUUCAAUGUGACUGUUACUCAUGCUUUCCCUUUCAAUGUGACUGUUACUCAUGCUUUCCCUUUCAAUGUGACUGUUACUCAUGCUUUCCCUUUCAAUGUGACUGUUACUCAUGCUUUCCCUUUCAAUGUGACUGUUACUCAUGCUUUCCCUUUCAAUGUGGCUGUUACUCAUGCUUUCCCUUUCAAUGUGACUGUUACUCAUGCUUUCCCUUUCAAUGUGACUGUUACUCAUGCUUUCCCUUUCAAUGUGGCUGUUACUCAUGCUUUCCCUUUCAAUGUGGCUGUUACUCAUGCUUUCCCUUUCAAUGUGACUGUUACUCAUGCUUUCCCUUUCAAUGUGACUGUUACUCAUGCUUUCCCUUUCAAUGUGACUGUUACUCAUGCUUUCCCUUUCAAUGUGACUGUUACUCAUGCUUUCCCUUUCAAUGUGGCUGUUACUCAUGCUUUCCCUGACUGUUUUGUCUGACAUGGCCUAUUUUCUUUUUCCUUCCAGUGCGAGACAAGAGGAAAAGCAAUCACAUAAACCAUGUUGGUCAUGUAAGUAUUUAAUGGUUAGGUUGAGAUUGUGUCAACCAAUGACAAUUAUGUGAAGUGUGUGUGUGUGUGUGUGAGCUUGCAUUCAUCACAUGCUCCAGAGUUAGCUGUAUGUUGUCAUUGUCACCUGGGGUCAUCGGAUGCACUGUGGCUCUGGCAGAUGAGACACCAAAACAUUUAGUGUCCCGACUCUGUGGAGGACAACACCAAAUUCAUACAUAUGCAAAUGUAACUCUGAUUGGUCAGCUUUUCUAGGAUUUGAGCAGAGGGUUGGCUGGUGUUAUGGCUUCCCUGUUUACCUUGGUUUACUCUGCCUUCUAUAAUAUUAUACCCCCACUGUGGAAACUAGCUAAGUGCCAAGCCUUUUUGACCUGGUCAAAUACCCUACUCUGUGUGUGUGUGUUCAUGUAGCCUAUGUGCUUGUGGUGAACAGAACAGACUGUAGCCCCUGUAGUAAGUGGCUGUGGUGUCUAGUCAGCUAGAAGACAAACACAAUUAAACAGGAGACCUGGUAUGAAGGUUUUAUGUGUGUCCACUGUCCUGCCUUAACUACAGCUCUGUAUUAUAGAGUGACUACCCUGACCCAAGAUUACAUAGCCUAGUUCACCCACAUUUCAAACCAAACCUUUUACCUUGGAAGUAGUUUGUCAGGAGUGACUGCAACCAAUUGGUGAUGUAAUUAUUUGGCUAUGGCCACCACAGGCUAGUGUUUGCAUCAAUUACCUCAAAGGGAUAGGGUUCAAUAGAGCAUUGUCUGACUUCCAAGACAACUUCCACUGAAUGUCACAUUUCAUUUUGCAGACCUCUCCUGGCCCUCUCUCUAAGAAGUACAGUUCCUGUUCCACCAUCUUUAUAGAUGACAGCACGGUCAGCCAGCCUAACAUGAAAAACACGAUAAAAUGGUGGGUACCUGCUUCCUUCAUAUAUGCACAUACAGGAAAUGUACCUUUUUCAAGUUGAACACUGCUCUAAUGAAUUCUGUCUUUCUCCUCUUCCAGUGUUACACUAGCGAUAUACUACCACAUUAAAAACAGGUGAGUGGCCGUGUUAUGACUUGUUCCGUUGGGUAGAAGGUAUUAUGGAUCUGUUGGUGGUCUCUGGGCCUGGCAAAAUGUCUGUGAAUUGGGGUUAGGGACAGUGUGGUUCAUAGUAGAGGUGUUCACACUCUUUCUCUGUCUUUCUCAGGGACUCCGACAGGUCACUGGACAUUUUCGAUGAGAAGAUGCACCCCUUAUCGGUGAGUGGGCAGUUCCAGUUUUGCCAUAAUCCACUCUGGGUUUGCAGAAUCUUAUGUAUUCCAAAGAAUAGCUUCUAAUAUAGGUUUACAUCCAAACAGAGGUCUGCAGUGGAUGUACUGUUGGCAGUACUGGUGUGUCUGCCCUUGUCUACAUCAAUAUCUCGCAUCAGCUAGUCUCCUCACUCCCUUCUAGACCUUACACUGCAACUGUAUGCUAUAGCCCAGACCAGUGCCCCUUUAGCUCCAACUUCAGCAUAACACACCACUGCAGGAGGAUUGAAUAUGAUUUAGUUUAGCUAGUAGGAAACUCGGCAUAAACCCAUUAGGUUUGAUGUUAGUUCACCUAAAUUGAGAAAUUACUUAAAUAUUUUCAAACACAUGGUUUGAUGCCAUUCCAUUGACUCCAUUCCAGCCAUUAUUAUGAGUUGUCCUCCCCUCAGCAGCCUCCACUGGUGUAUAUUGUAUCUGUGUCUAACACUGUCUUCUCCCUUCAGAGAGAGCAGGUUCCAGAUGACUACUCUCGUACAGACCCCGAGCACAAACUCAUCUACCGCUUUGUCAGAACUCUGUUCAGCGCUGCACAGCUCACUGCAGAGUGUGCCAUCGUCACCUUGGUGAGUCCAGUCCAGUGAUUAACAACACAAUCGUAAUCAAAACCCAUAAUACACCCAUGUAUCAGCAGCUAAUACAUGAUUAAUCAACAAAUGUGAAAGGAUACUGUAGAUAUAUAUUCCACUAGGUAUUGCUGUAUUAACCUGCAUCUGCACUAAUGUACCACCAGAGGGCAGCAGAAUAAUAGAAACCAUUGACAAAGCACAGCAAAUCAAAUUUUAUUGGUCACAUACACAUUUUUAGCAGAUGUUAUUGUGAGUGUAGCGAAAUGCUUUUGUUCCUAGCUCCAACAGUGCAGUAGUAUCUAACAAUUCACAACAAUACACACAAAUCUAAAAGUAAAAGAAUGGAAUUAAGAAAUAUAUAAAUAUUAGGACAAGCAAUGUCUGAGUGGCAUUGACUAAAAUACAGUAGAAUACAGUAUAUACAUAUGAGAUGAGUAAAGCAGUAUGUAAACAUUAUUAAAGUGACUAGUGUUCCAUUAUUAAAGUGGCCAGUGAUUCCAUGUCUAUGUAUAUAGGGCAGCAGCCUCUAAGGUGCAGGGUUGAGUAACCGGGUGGUAGCCGGCUAGUGGUAGUUAUUUAACAGUCUGAUGGCCUUGAGAUAGAAGCUGUUUUUCAGUCUCUCGGUCCCAGCUUUGACGCAGCUGUACUGACCUCGCCUUCUGGAUGAUAGCGGGGUGAACAGGCCGUGGCUCGGGUGGUUGAUGUCCUUGAUGAUCGUUUUGGCCUUCCUGUGACAUCGGGUGCUGUAGGUGUCCUGGAGGGCAGGUAGCUUGCCCCCGGUGAUGCGUUGGGCAGACCGCACCACCCUCUGGAGAGCCCUGCGGUUGCGGUCGGUGCAGUUGCCAUACCAGGCGGUGAUACAGCCCGUCAUGAUGCUCUCAAUUGUGCAUCUGUAAAAGUUUGUGAGGGUCUUAGGGGCCAAGCUGAAUUUCUUCAGCCUCCUGCGGUUGAAGAGGCGCUGUUGUGCCUUCUUCACCACACUGUCUGUGUGGGUGGACCAUUUCAGAUUGUCAGUGACGUGUACGCAGAGGAACUUGAAGCUUUCCACCUUCUCCACUGCGGUCCCGUCGAUGUGGAUAGGGGCUUGCUCCCUCUGCUGUUUCCUGAAGUCCAAGAUCAGCUCCUUUUGUUUUGUUGAGGGAGAGGUUAUUUUCCUGGCACCACUCCGCCAGGGCCCUCACCUCCACCCUGUAGGCUGUCUUGUCAUUGUUGGUAAUCAAGCCUACUACUGUUGUGUCGUCUGCAAACUUGAUGAUUAAGUUGGAGGCGUGCAGUCAUAGGUGAACAGGGAGUACUGGAGUGGGCUGAACACGCACCCUUGUGGGGCCCCUGUGUUGAGGAUCAGUGAAGGAAGGAUCGGCCCGUCAGGAAGUCCAGGACCCAGUUUCACAGGGCGGGGUUCAGACCCAGGGCCUCGAGCUUAAUGAUUAGCUUGGAGGGUACUAUGGUGUUGAAGGCUGAGCUAUCGUCAAUGCAAGUCAAGUGAACAGAACCUUAUAUCAAUGAAUAGAGUAGACCUGCAUUUGAUUAUUACAGUGUGAUUGGUCCUAAUAAAUCAAGCAUGUCUAGUACUAUUACUCACAUUUGCAUAUCAUCAAUAACAUGCCGUUACCCACUGAUUGUGCCUACUGAUUUUCUUUGUUGUGCCAAUCACAUUUCUGAAGUGAAAUAGCCACCACAGGUUUAUCAGCACAUGCAUACCUUAACAUCUCUGACCCCUCUACCUCACCAGGUGUACCUGGAGCGUCUGCUGACCUACGCUGAGAUGGACAUCUGUCCGUGUAACUGGAAGCUUAUCGUACUGGGAGCCAUCCUGCUGGCCUCCAAGGUGUGGGAUGACCAGGCUGUCUGGAACGUAGAUUACUGCCAGAUCCUCAAAGACAUCACCGUGGAGGACAUGUACGUCUGCCACAGUUAUAUCACUUAUAUAGAGUCAUUACAAUACUGUGUGUGGGGGGGGGAGACACCCUUUUCUCACUAUUGUGCCAACCUGAACCGUACUGUGCUGGUUCAGAUAUCUUCUUUUCACAUUGAAGGAGGCGGCUCAUUGGUAGUCAUUAUUUUGAGUCGUCAUGUCAGGUGGAGAACAGACGUGGAGAACAGACGUAGACCGCCGCCGCCUUCCCUCCCUGGUCUGAUGAUCAUUAAUUGGGCUGUUGUCUGUAGACUGGUGCAGUAGUCCUGUCUAGUCUCUAGCUCUGAUCAGGGCUGUGUGAUGUGGGCCCCUGCUUUAGGAUCAGACUGAGAGGAGACUACAGAGGGAGAGAGGCAGGGAGGCUGAGUGAGGUUGUAUACAGAAGGCAAUCUCAAAGCAAUCAGUAGGCUGCUCCUCACUAUACUACUGCUCAUCAUUCUAGUAGGUUUUAGAGUGGGUUGGGGUGGAGUGUGUUGUAUGUCUCUUGUUUUUUUAAGUGUGUGCACUUGUGUACGUGUUUAUGUUUUUCUGUGUGUGUGUGUACUCGGUCUGCAGUCUAGUUUCAUCUCCUCCAUUGAAGUGCUCUUUGUGAGCUGGGCCGAGGGCCAGGGAUUGGCGGGGUGAGGUGGUGGCAGGAAAGGGGAGGGAGGGUCUGGAGUGGCUCUCACCGCUCCUACAUAAUGGCCCCAGCCCUCGCCCGCUCCAUUAGUUUCCCUGGGAGACCAUCCUUCCAAUACACACAAACACACACACACACACCCCAGCCUUCAGCCACCCUGGCCCUCUCAUGUCACCUUUCCCACAAAGCAUCCUGGAUGCUGUCUCCGUGGUGAGCGGCUUGCAGCUCUUAUUCAUUGUCGUGGUGAUGAGGAUGAUGAAGGGGAUCUGUACAGGGAGAGACAUGAUAAACCUGUAGAGAGCCAGUAUGGUCUUCACUGCAGGACAGUUAGAGUGAAUAGCCCUCAUGCACCCUUCUCCUUGCUGCUCCAGGGAAAGACAAGUGGCAUUUGCUAUUGAUUAGACUGAUGCCCUAUGAGGGCUGACCUGUGGAUAAAGAUACCCCUAUCACUGAUCUAAGGUCCAUUUGGCAUUUCUCCCCCACUGAUUGUCAGGGUUAGGAUUUCAUUUGGGGAGGUUGAUCCUAAAGCUGUGCCUAAGAGCAACUUUUACUAGGAAUGUGUAUAUUAACCAUGUUUCUUUGUCUGUCUGUGUGUGUGUCAGGAACGAGAUGGAGCGCCAUUUCCUGGAGCUGCUGCAGUUCAACAUCAAUGUUCCAGCCAGUGUUUACGCCAAGUACUACUUCGACCUGCGUUCUCUGGCCGACGACAACAACCUCAGCUUCCCCCUGGAGCCACUCGGCAACGAGAGGGCACAGAAACUGGAGGUACAGCAAUGAGGGGUAGUAAAAAGGUGGUGGGUGGGAGAGGGCUAUGAUGGAGCUUCCAGGUAUUAGUAGAGGUUGGAGAAUACGUCAAAGAUAGUAGCAGGUAGAGCGAGACAUAGGAAUUGUAAAAAGGGAAUUUAACCAGUGCAUUAGGUAUGAAGCCACAGUGACUAGUCACUCAUCCCUGUGUGUGUGUGUGUGUGUGUGUGUGUGUGUGUGUGUGUGUGUGUGUGUGUGUGUGUGUGUGUGUUCAGGCCAUCUCCAGACUGUGUGAGGACAAGUACAAGGAUCUGAGCCGAGCAGCCAUGAGGUCCUUAAGCGCUGACAACCUGGUGGGCAUCCACCGCUCCAAUGCUGUACUCUCAUAG